GUGAGUGAGAGAGAAGAGAUGCGGUGGAUCUCGAGGGCUACUCCUCCCCCAGUGAGGUUGGUGGUGCAGUCCGCCUGUCAACCAAGCUGCGCCAAGCACAUGGUAGCUUUGCUUCUCGCCUCUUCUGUUAUGCCCGCGAGGAUGUCUUGCGCCUCCUGGUUGCAUUUUUUAUUGAUGUUGGAUUUCCUCCCCUCCCCCAGGCAUUUCCCUUGCACUUUGCCUCGCUUAAGGUUGGAGCGGAAAGCUGCGGGCCAAGGACCAUGUGGUGAAAAGAAGGUUAGAGUCGAGGAAGUGGUUGGACUUAUCUGCUACACGCGCGCUUGACUGGGAGGGGAAAAUCGUGCGCCUCCAAAGGAAAAAAAGAAAAAGCUCCAACUUGGCGGAAGGCAGGAGGGAGAAUUGAGCGUGCCGCAGCAAGCUUCAUCGCGAAAAGGCGGCUACUCCUUUUUUUUUCCUCUUCCAAAGUCGUUUGCUGCUUAGGGGCGACCCUCUCCCGGGCCGUGUGGAUGCGGCGUGCGAUUGAAAAGCCGGAGCUCGAAUUUGCAAAAUCAGUUCGGCCUCUUCUCCUGUCUACCGAAGAAGCCUCUUUGGGAUUUGCUCUUCGGAGAAAACAUCCCGAACAAACAGUUUCAGGGAAGGGGCGCGCGGUGUAAGCAGCUACCCCUUUGAAUGUUCGUGCUUCAGAAGGCGAGCUGUUUGGGGGGCGAGCGAGUUGGGGUGCCUUUCGUUCGAGGACCAGGAUUUUGUGACCGCGCUGCGCGAGUCGAAAGGAAGGCGAAGAGAAACAAACUUGGCCUCUCGGAUCAGGCAACAGCUGGAGAGCAAAGGUUGGGGGGAGCCGAGAAGGUCUUCCCUUCUGGAAUGAGUUUUCCUGCGCUUUAAGACUUCUCAGAUCCUUGCACGCUACCUAUGGAUCUAACUUAGCAGGGAGGUGCCUUCACGCGGAUUUGCCAUUCAGAAACGAUUUCAGAUGCAUGCCCAGUUCCUGGUGAAUGCCAGUAUUAGAGACCACUACCGAUGGAGUCCGCAGGUCAGCAUGGCAACAGCAGUUCAUUAGUUGUCCAUCAGCAGCUUUUGCUGGAUAACCGGCAAAGGUUGGACUAUGAAAGAGAUGUUCAGCCCAUUGCCAUCUUGUCACUGGACCAGAUCAAGACACUCAGGGGCAGCAAUGAAUACACUGAAGGCCCAUCUGUGGUGAAAAAGUCUGCUUCACGGACGGCUCCAAGACAAGAAAAACAUGAGAGGACUCAUGAAAUCUUACCAAUAAAUGUGAAUAAUAAUUAUGACCCCAGACCCAGCCAUCCUGGACAUGUGCUACAUCAACACAGCUCAAGGGUUCCUUUGUUGAGCAGAUCUACAAGCACUGGGAGUGCAGCCAGUUCUGGAAGCAACAGCAGUGCUUCUUCAGAGCAGGGUCUUCUGUUAAGAUCACCACCAUCAAGGCUGGGCCCAGGUCAGAGAUCUGAAAGGCCAAUCAGGACGCAACCCAAGCCAUCAUCUUUGAUUGUAGAUGACCUGAAGAUUCCUUUGAAAGAGGAUUCUACCCAACAUAAGUUCAUAUGUGAACAGUGUGGGAAGUGCAAAUGUGGAGAGUGCACAGCACCCAGGGCCUUGCCUUCCUGCUUGGCCUGCAACAGGCAGUGCUUGUGCUCAGCAGAGAGUAUGGUGGAAUAUAGCACCUGUAUGUGUCUGGUCAAAGGAAUCUUCUACCACUGUUCCAAUGAUGAUGAAGGGGACUCCUAUGCGGAUAAUCCUUGUUCAUGCUCCCAGUCACAUUGCUGGUCACGGUACUUAUGCAUGGGGGCCAUGGCUUUGUUUCUUCCUUGCCUGCUCUGUUACCCUCCUGCAAAAGGAUGCCUAAAACUGUGCCGUGGCUGUUACGACUGGAUCAAUCGUCCAGGAUGCCGAUGCAAAAACUCCAAUACAGUUUAUUGUAAGCUGGAAAGUUGUCCAUCUAGGGGGCAAGGCAAGCCCUCUUGAUUUCUGGAGGGAAAGAUUCAGUUCCUCAGACACCAUCUUUCAGGUUGUGGCUGACUUUUCUGUCUUCAUUCCCCCUUUUUCUUUCAUGCCCAAGAUCUUCUCUCACUUCCAUUGCUUUUCUCAAUGAAGGCAAAUCUGAGUGCAUUAGUCUUCGGUAAGUGUGGCUCAUGUACUGGUGUCUUUUCUCAUCUUGGCAAGUCAUCUCAGGACUGAGUAAUAGUCUCCUGAAAGAAGUAAUGAGGGUACUGGGUUUUUCUGAAGUCCUUUAUUCUGCAAACAACUUUCCAAAGAUGCUGUUUUGUUUUGUUCUAUUUUUAACUAACUUUAAUGACUUUCAAGUGUUUUUUUUCCCCAAGUCUUCCCAUUUCCCCCUUUUUAAAAAAAGGCUGCACAAUCCAGUUAUUUCCUCUAAACAAAGCAGAAAGGAAAAAAAAGAUGGGUUGGAAUUUAGCAACCUAGUCUCCUGGCCCCUUUUAAAAAAAAAUUGUAACCAGCCUGCAGUUUGCUCUUUCCUUGGCAGUUUUUUUUUCAGUCCAGAUUUUAAAUAUUUACCUUCAUUGCCCCCCCACCCCUGCAAUUACUGAUUUCUUCAUCAGCUUCUGUUUUUAGAUAUAGAUAUAUAUAUAAAGUAUAUAUACAAGGCCCUAUGUAUGACUUUUAUUUUGAUACUAAAGUUGGUUUUUCCACAUCUGAGUAAUACAGGUAUUAAUACAGUGUAAGUUGUAUAAAACAUUCUUUGAUCUCUUAACACAUCUAUUUCUGUGGUUUAAAAAGUUAACUCUCACCCUCAGCUCAGUAUCUUUCCUCUAUUUUUAUUGUCUUAGCCACAUAUUGUGGUGCUUUUUGUAUAUUUUAUGUAAAAACACAAAGUUGAAUUCUGCUAUUUUUAAGACAAAAGUCUGUUAAAACUUUUUUAUUGUAAAGAAUAUUUAUUAUGUGAAUCUCUAUUAUUUUAUGAUAUUUAUUAUAAAGAACUGUUCCAAAAAUGUAUUCCUGUCCGAAUAUUACAAAAUAUCAACACAAUGAAAAUAAGGGUGACACAAGGAAAGUAUGUAUGUUAAACUAUAAUGCAGAAAAUAUAAUAAUUAAUUAAAAUGUCUUGGGUUCUUUAUUUGUUAGUAAAACAGUUUGUUCUUAGCAGUAUUAGAAGAAAGACAGUACAAUCCUUUGCCACUUACCUUGGAGAUAGGCCCACUGAACUCGUGAGACUUCACUUCUGAAUAGGCUUGUAUAGGGUUUCAUUGUAAGGGUACUGCCACUUUUUUCUUUUCUCAAGUUUUCAUGACUGUGAAAUCACUGCUAGUCACUUUUCUUAAUGUUCAGACAGAUUUUUGCUCUGAAGUGCUUUUCAGCAUUGAUGUAUAUUGCUAAUUUGGGGUAGACAACAUGCACACCUUAAGCUACAUUUGUGCAACUAUAGAGCUUUUUGUAGACUAUCUACACAUUGAUUUUCAUUCUCUUAAUUGUUUUUAAGAAAAUAAAAUUUUAAUGGUGUGAAAAUGAGAUAACAAAUGUUAUUAAAAGUUUGGGAAAGAAAAAUGAGAAUUCUUAAAUAUCUCAUUUUUCAAAUUAUGUUCAUGAUUUUUCCCCAAAAGAUUAAUUUUAUUUCCAGAAUUUAGAAUAAAUGAUACUUGUGAAUACAUUUGGUGCCUACUAUAUUAAUAAAAUAGACAGAUUUAAUUGAAUUGAUACCACUGAACCUGUUAGCUGACUUUUUUUGCAGUGGUUAGAAUCUUGCAUCUAAGCUCCUUACAAGGCAUUUUAAAAAUAACAUCAUUACCCGUAGUGUAAGUGCUUGCUUCCUCUAAAAUACCAAGCAUGCCUGUCCAUAUUUAGAAAUCCUGUGAGUUAUUUAAUUCCACCAUGUGCAAUGUAAUUCAACAAGCUUAAUAAAACACAUUUAUUUUAAAGCUUCUAAAUAAGAAACAAAAAGGCAAAACUAUGGUGAGUUUUGAAGCUUCCAAGUAAAUCUAUUUUUUUGGCUCAUUAUGGUUCUCUCCUAGCUUCCUACUGAUUACACAGAAGUUUUAAUAACAAUUAGUGUAACCACUGCCUCUCUUAGUGCUGUUCUAAGUCCUUUGCCACAGCUGGGCAUUAGGACAUAGCAUUCAUUUGUAUUAUCUGGGAUGUAGUGAUGCCUGUCAUGUUUAUGUAAACUGCCUUCAUUAGUUUGCAUUUUUCAAGGAAACAUGUUUCUGCACCAUAGUUUCUACUUGGUUUGUGUCAAUUACUGCACUUUUGAUCACUGUGCUCUUCAUCCAUGUGGAGGAUCUCAGUAAGUUAAGCUCUUGUGAUAGAAGCAACAUGGGCUCAUGCAGUGUUUUUCUUGGUCAUUGGUUUAUUAAAAAUGUUUAUGUAAAAACA